AUGCUGAACGAAGCUGGUCUUCAGAGCGUCAUCGAUACAGUGGGGGAUCCUCGUUCUCGACGGCAGGUACCCUCCCAUCCUCAUGGCCGCAAGAUGAAGGGCGAUAUCCACAUUCCUGGAAUCCGCGAUCGAGGCUCUGCCGACCUGACCAAGUGGGGGGAGGUCAACCUCGACGCCCUCCAUGUUGCAGCGUCUGAGAAGAUUCGCAAACACCGCGCUGCAUAUGCCAUGACUACUCCUCCUCGAGCGUUCAUCCCUCUUGCCAUCUCGACGGACGGUACCCUGCAUCCUGACACCCUCCGCUUCAUCUGGUAUCUGGCGGACAUCAUUGCUCAGCGCUCGAUGCCUCUUGAGGAUGCGGCGUUUGGUCGGCACUUCGUGCCUGAUGACGGACCUGCUGCUGAGGUCUUGGCUCGCAAACGCGCCGCCACCUAUCAGCGCCUCACCAUGCAGCUGACGCUGGAAGCGCUCUUGUCUGGUGCGAGGCGCAUGACGCCCUUGCAGGCGCAAGCACUUCUCGAGCCAGAGGACAGCUCCUCCUCGGACUUUGUCGAGUCGCCCGAGGAGUCUUCGCCGGAGGUCUCCGACUCCGAUGGGGGACACCCUUCGAGUGGCCCCGACGAUCGGCGCGGAGCUGGCGAGGCGUCUCCGUCCCUCACUGUGACGUCGGGUGCCUCCGGAGAGCUCGACACCACUGGGGUGCUUGCUGCUGGUCCGAGCUCGCCUGCUUCCUCCCCGGCAUCGGUCGGGCACACUGCGCACAGCGAGAAGCUGCACAAUCACACACAAAACACAAGCCCGAAAAGAACCAGCACUGCUGGCACCCAGACGCGGCACCGCCAGCCCAAGCGCGAAGCCGCGCAGACAAGCAAGCAACAAGCAGCCGACGUCACAGUGAGGGACGGAGACGCCUCGCCAGCUCCGCGCCGAUCGUCGGGGCCACUCGAAGGGUGUCCCCCAUCGGAGUCGGAGACCUCCGGCGAAGACUCCUCGGGCGACUCGACAAAGUCCGAGGAGGAGCUGUCCUCUGGCUCGAGAAGUGCUUGCGCCUGCAAGGGCGUCAUGCGCCUCGCACCAGACAAGAGCGCUUCCAGCGUCAGCUGCAUGGUGAGGCGCUGA